CAGCAAGCACAAAGAAGAAUCUAUUAAGGUUGAUAAUGAUAGUAAUAAUGACAAUGUGUCUACUGAUUCCAAUGAGAAUGCAUCUGUAGCGAGCGGUAAUAACGGUGUAACGGACUGGGGUAGCUUGUUUCAGGCUUUGUCCUUACCCAAGGCGCAGAUUACAAUGUUUGAAGGGAAUCCUUUGAAGUACCAUUCUUUCAUCAUGUCAUUUCAGAGCAUGGUUGCGAAUAUCCCGAAUGACAGUAUUAAGUUAAAUAACCUAAUAUCUUCAUGUAAGGGUAAUGCACGGGAUGCCAUUGAGUUCUGUGUCAUGAAGCCUCCUGAGGAAGGAUACGCAGCUGCUCUGGGUGCACUGAGAUCAAGAUUUGGUAGUAAUGUGGUUGUUAGCCAGGCCUGGAUCAGCAAGGUCAUAGAUAGGGAAAGUGUAAGCGUAACUAAUUUGAGCGGAUACGCUGCCGACUUGGAGAACUGUCUGCAGUCACUGGAAGCUUUAGGCUAUUUGAAUGAGCUCGAUAACCAGGCCAGUCUGAGGCAGAUUGUGUCUAAGUUGCCUAAGUUUCUUCAAAAUAGAUGGAGAACAGAAAAUCAAAGGAUUAAAGAAAGAGGUCGCGAGUCUUCGGCAAAUCUGGCAGCCGCAGCUUCAGUGCAUGUUGCGAGAGAAGAUUCCGGGCGAGUUGCCAGACUGGCUGAUUUAGUUAGAUUCAUCAAGCGGGCUGCUGAUGAGGUUGAAGAUCCAGUCUUUGGAGAUGUCGGUGUCAGUAAGGCCUCUGAGAGAGCGAGGUUAAGUAAACCGUCUGAGAGAAUGAGACCGAGUAGGCAAUAUGAUAAGAUGCUUGUAAACCAGGCUGCGUUCACACAAGGCGUAUCCAAGCCUCCAAGAUGUUGGGUUUGCAAGAACAAUCAGCACUGGACGGACCAGUGCACUCUGUUCGAGAAUGCCUCGCCGCCUGAAAGGAGGAAGAUGUGCUAUGACAACUAUGCCUGUUACUCUUGUCUAAAGGUAGCUGGGCGAGGGCACAGGGAGUCCACCUGCUCUAAGAGGAAGGCUUGUGGUGAAACAACAGCUAACGGGGCAUGUAAGGAAUUCCACCACAAGCUCCUGCACGUGAGGAAGGAGGUUGGACAAAUAGGGAAUCUCAACAUGUCGAAGAAUAAGGACCCUAUGUUGAGCAUCUUGGAUGUUGAGGUGUUAACGAAAGGUAGAAAGGAAGUGUCCAGCGUCUUACUUGAUAAAGGUUCCCAGGGAACUCUGAUCAGUAAAGAUUUUGCAAGAAAGCUGAACUUGAAGGGCAAAGCGGUAGCUGCAAUUAUAACGAAGGUUGGUGGAAUUGAAGAAGAGUUUCAAUCAACACUCUAUGAGCUAACGCUGCGAGGUGAAGACAGCAUGACUCACCGCAUUUCAGCUUUGGAAAUAGGACACAUCAACGAUGUAAGAGAGGUCGACGUAAAGCAAAUGGAGCGACUAUUCAAGAUGAAGCCUGGCACACUGAAAAGAAGAGGUGGACCAAUAGAUAUUCUGAUUGGUGUGAACUAUGCACAUUUGCUUGCAGGUGAAGAAUCUGAGUUGAACGGUAUUGUCGCCCAGAGAACUCCUCUAGGAUGGACAGUGUAUGGAGGGGAAGAGACCACGACAGCUAAUCAGGUUAUGCAUAUGCAGAUCAAGAAGCCAGUCGACCUGGAUGACUUUUGGAACACUGAAGCACUAGGGGUGGACAUAGGACCUUGCGACUGCAAGUCCUUGGAAAGGGCCACUGAGAAGCUGGAGGGCAAAAUUAUCAGGGAGUCUUGUACCAAAGUCGGUAAUCAAUGGAUGGUUCCUUACCCUUGGGCUAAGGAUCCGUGUGAUCUGGAGGAUAACCGGUAUCAGGCUAAGAAGAUUCUAGUUGGACUAGAGAAGAGGCUGCUAAGAAACAAAGGGCAGGCAGAGGCUUAUGACAAGCAGAUGCAAGAAAUGGUAGAGAUGGGAUUUUCGCGCAAGUUGACGCCAGAAGAGGUCGAUAGUUAUCAAGGCCCUGUUCACUAUAUUCCUCACCAUUCAGUUGCGAAAAGGGAUAGCUCCAGUACGCCCUUGAGGAUUGUCUUUAAUGCAUCUAACAGAUACAAUGGCAAAUGCAUUAAUGAUUGCUGGAUGAAGGGACCGGAUUUGUUGUGCAGCUUAUUUGGUGUCAUCUUAAGGUUUAGGGAGAACCAGGUAGCAUUGGUUGGCGAUAUCUCUAAGAUGUAUCACAGGAUAUUGAUACCUACAAUCGAUCAGCAUGUGCAUGGAUAUUUGUGGAGAGAUCUAGAUGUCGAUAGAGAACCAGAUGUGUACGUCAAACAUGUGUUGUCGUUUUGGGAUAAGCAUGCUGGAACCAUGGCAAUCACUGCACUGAGGCUGACAGCGGAUGAAGGUCGAGAGGAAUACCCGCGAGCUGCGGAGGUGAUAGAAGCCAACACUUACAUGGACGACAUGUGUCCGUCUGUUAAGUCGGAAGCAGAAGCAACACUGGUGCAAGAGGUUGAUAGACUGCUAGCCUUAGGUGGGUUCGAGGUUAAAGCGUGGUCCUCGAAUAUAGAUCUUGAAGGUACGAAGUGUGAAGUAGUUGAUAAGCUUGAAGUUGCAAGACCGGAGUUGUUUGGUAAACAGAUGGUUGAAGUAGGACAUAGAUCGGAACAGAAGGUGUUAGGUGUUCGUUGGAACCCGAGUGAUGACACUUUCGUGUUUAACGUGGAGAUCGACAUCGAGAAGUUCACUAAGCGUAGGGUUCUGGGAGUAAUGGCCAAGGUAUUUGAUCCAGUUGGACUGGUUGGCCAGGUGAUCAUCAAUGGAAAGAUUAAGAUGCAAUAGCUGUGGUUAGCAGGAGUCGAUUGGGAUGAACCAUUAAGUGAAGAGGCUAAAGAAGAAUGGAAGAAAAUAUUUGUGGAAUUCAAGAGGCUAGAGCAGUUCAAGUUUCUCAGAUGUCUGACUCCACCGGCAGCGGGCAGUGAGGUUUGCUUGGUGGUGUUUUGCGAUGCAUCGGAAAAGGCAUUCGGUGCAUGUGCUUAUGUUAGGUGGUUGGUAGAAGAGGGCGUCUACGAAUGUCGAUUAGUGGCUUCUAAGUCUAGGGUUGCUCCUCUCAAGAGAUUAACCAUACCGAGGCUUGAGCUGCAGGCAGCUGUCAUUGCAGCAAGACUGGCAGAGACAAUUGUGCAAGAGUUUACCUUUGAAUUCAAGGGCUUGUAUUUCUUCUCUGACAGCAUGAUCGUGUUGAGGUGGCUCAAGAAACCUCCUGGUUGGUUCAAGUUGUUUGUGUCGGUCAGGGUGGCCGAGAUUCAAGGCAAAACUGGAGGAGCAAGUUGGAGGCAUGUUGCAGGCACUGACAACC